AUGAUUCUGGGGAGGAGACACUCUACAGUAAGCGUCGGAUCAUCUCCACAUCGGGAGCUGGCUUCUCAACGACGAAUUGCCAAUGGUUCACCGGGUCGGACACAGCUGGACAAUCUCACCGAUGCGAUUGUGGCUGGUUCAUUAGCUUCUACACGGCUGACGCCGCAUAACACGGGGCCUGCAUCAUUGGCUCCUCCUCCCUUGCCGAAACGGCAGAAAUCACCUCGACUUUUACAUACACUCCGACAGCCGCAAUUACUAGACGAAGAGGAUGAUCAACACAAGAAAGGGCAUAGAGCGUUGCUACGAAAGGGAAAGCAUGCGCAUCAUGAAGGAUCACGGAAGAAAUGGCGGGAAGAGAUUCGGCCCCGGGAGAGGAAACGUUAUGAAGCGCUGUGGGCGUCGAACCGCGGGAUCCUGCUUACCGACACGAGGAUGAUGAGUCCGGCGACGAGUAUAAGCAGCGAUCUUGAUCGGGACGUGUCGCAGUGCGUGGCCAACGUUGUGGUGAGGGAGUUAUGGAAGCGGUCGAGACUACCGCCAGACGAGCUGGCCGAGAUUUGGGACCUGGUCGACCGAGGGAGGGCGGGAAUGUUGAGCAGAGCGGAGUUUGUGGUGGGAACGUGGCUUGUUGACCAGCGGCUCAAGGGGAGAAAGGUGCCGGCCAAGGUGACGGAUAGUGUCUGGGGGAGCGCGAACGGGGUCAUGGUGAAGGGGCCGAAUAGGAAGUGA